AGUGCAGGCUGUGGUCUACCAGUGGAGCAAGUGAUACUAGAACAGGGCAAAAAGAGUUUGUUUCCAAGUCAAUAUGUCAGGGUCAGAAUCCAAGACAGAGGUCCUCAUGAUAGCUGAUGCAGAGAUGGGAGAGGUGCCGGCAAAGAGAGACAAGAUCACUACACACAAGAAGAUUUGCACCAUCUUUGAGCAGUAUGUUCAGCCCUGCCUGGCUGAGCUGCUCGGGACGACCCUGUUUAUAUUUGUGGGGUGCGCGUCUGUCAUUGGGAAUGUGGGAGAUGGUGCCAUCCAGCCUGCUGUGGCACAUGGACUGGCACUGGCAGUGCUGAUUAUAGUGUUUGGGCCAAUUAGUGGGGGGCACUUUAACCCUGUGGUGUCUCUGAGCAUCUACCUUUGUGGAGGGAUGGAGCUGCCUCUGCUGGUGCCUUAUGUCCUGGCUCAGAUGUCUGGAGGGAUGAUUGGUGCAGGUUUGGCCAAGUCUAUAUAUCCCUCUACAAUGGAUACUGCUACCCUUGGAGGAGCCUUUAACACAGUGGCAAUGACUGGCAAUCUGGGUAAAGCCACACUGGCAGAGGUGAUGAUGACCUUGAUCCUUACCAUGGUGGUGUGCAUGGGGGCCGUCAACAAUCAAACACGCUCACAGUGGGCUCCUUUCUGCAUUGGUCUCACUGUGACAGCCAACAUACUUGCUGGAGGGGUGGUAUCUGGAGCCUGUAUGAACCCUGCUCGAGCCUUCGGCCCUGCAGUGGCUGCGAACUACUGGAACCUUCACUGGAUCUACUGGGUUGGACCCACCUGUGGUGCACUGCUCACUGUCAGCUUCAUCAGAUUCUUGUUUGGUGAUCAGAAAAUUCGAGUUGUGCUGAAGUGAGCGCCUAAUUUAUUAAAGAGGGUCGAUGGAGGACGUCCACACUGACCUGAUGACAGCUUUUUUUCCAUUUAGAUGUUUGUGUAUUUCUUCCAUAGUCAGACUGUGUUAUUUAAAUUUGUCAGUAACUGUGUACAAUUGUAUUUGUUCUUGAUCAGCUAUAAUAGCUGGCUUCCACUCUUCCUCUCACUUUGUAUUUCAUGAUUCAAUUAAAUGUGUUUGAUGAUAUGAUAUGUAUGUAUCUGAUAGCUACUCCAGACUUGGACUUUACAUAUGUGAAUGAUGGCUAGAAAACUUCCAGUGAUGUUAAUAAUAUAAUAAUAAUAAAUUCCAA